CCUUGAACAGACACAAAAUUGUAUAAGGAGAAGGCAUCAAAGAGAAACUUUACUGCAAGUUCUCCUUGAUUUAUUUUCUUCUUUUUUUCUCAGAUUUUCUUUCGUAAAAUAUGACGAGAAUGCGUUCGAGAGUUCUUGUGCUGGUGUUGGUGGCAGUUCUCGUUGGGGUUUGUAAGGGAGGCGAGUUGAGGAAGAACUUCUAUCGAAAGACCUGUCCCGAUGCCGAGUUCAUAGUAAAGAAUGUCACUUGGAAACACGUCUCCAACAAUGCAAACAUCGCUGCAAAGCUCCUCCGCAUGCACUUCCAUGACUGCUUCGUCAGGGGGUGCGACGGCUCAAUCCUGAUAAACUCAACCGCUAGCAAUACUGCCGAGAAAGACGCUGGUCCGAACCUGAGCCUGGCAGGAUAUGACGUCAUCGAGGACAUAAAAGCAACCCUUGAAAGUACUUGUCCCGGGAUUGUAUCUUGUGCAGAUAUCCUGACUCUGGCUGCUCGAGAUUCAGUCUCCUUCCAAUUUAAGAAAUCAAUGUGGGAAGUUCUGACUGGCCGAAGAGAUGGGACGGUGUCUAGAGCUUCUGAAACACGCGGCAACCUUCCUCCACCAUCCUCCAACUUCACCGCUCUCAAGAGCAGCUUCAAGAACAAAAAACUCACUGUUCACGAUCUCGUGGUCUUAUCAGGAGGGCACACGAUUGGACUUUCUCAUUGCAACUCGUUCAGCACCCGCCUCUACAACUUCACUGGGAAGGGCGACCAGGACCCAACUAUCGAUGCUGAGUACGCCAAAACCUUAAAAAAUAUCUGCAGUCCCACUGACACCACCACAACCCUCGACAUGGACCCGGGCAGUGGCACCGACUUUGACAGCGACUUCUACACUGGGCUCCUGAAAAACAAGGGCUUGUUCACCUCGGAUGCCGCCCUCCUUACCAACAAGGGCGCCCGUAAUAUCGUGAAUGAGUUGACCAGCCAGGCCAAGUUCUUCACUGAGUUUGGGCAGUCGAUGAAGCGGAUGGGGGCGAUCGAGGUUCUCACGGGGAGCGCCGGGGAGAUUAGGAAGGUCUGUGGCAAGAUCAAUUAAUAAUUUGUUCUACAAGAAUUUUAUAAUGUCAAUUGUUUUCUUCAUGGGACUUAUUGUUGAUUGUUAGAGAGAAUAAGAGUAGGAGGCUGUACUAUGUCUCUCUUAGGGUGUGUUUAUUUCAAAUAAGUAUCUAGGUCUUCGUAUUAGGUGCUUAUGAGUUUGUUUAGACCUAAGGUGCUUAGGUCUUCACCUUAUUCUUUGUUGAGAGUUCUAAUUUCUCCUUGUAAUGGUACCAUUUUUCAGCUCAAUGUCAUAUAUGUAUGUGUUUGUAUU